UGCGCUCUGAGUUACAGACAACUCGGUUUGAGAGAAGACUGUCACUUCUUGGAUCUGUGCAUCCAACGCAACAGCAGAAAUGAAUGCAAAAUAUAUUUUUGCACUGAUCUUGGUGCUGCAGGUCUCUAAGAGCCUGUGUGCAGUUCCCGAACCAUCGCCAGAAAUGGUUGAGUUAUAUAACACCCACAAAGCCACAUUCAUGAAGAGACUGAUGAAUUUUUACAACAAGGUGCACGCUGCUGCCACACCCGUUGUGGAGGGCAUCCGUGACAAUGAGCGUGCACAGGAUGCCAGGGAAUUUGCUGAAAAUCUGCAGAACAAGCCUGAGUUCCAAGCCUUUGUGAAAGUUGCCUCUGCCAUCCGUCAGGAAGCAGUUCCCUUAGUGGACAAGGCUCGUACAGCAGCACUGGGUGUCUAUGAACACUACCUGCGCCCCCACAUUGGCAUCACCCUGGGCAGGGGCAUUGACCACGCUAAAUCGUUCCUGGACGAAGUCCUGCCUGCUGAAUAAAGAAGACCAACUGGAGCAAACUGCCUCUCAGCAGCCCUUGUUAGAUGAUAGGUCAUAGUAACUACACCGGAGAGGAGCAAAGAAGAAUACAAAUACAAUUCUUUGCCUCUUUUAAAUCAAAAUAUUUGUCCAAUCAUGCAGAGUUAAAACCAUGAAAAACAUGUCAACACCACAUAUGCAAAUUGUGCAUGUACAGUAUUUUAUGUUUGAAACACUAACCAGAGUUUGUGUGUGACUGUGUAUGUAA